GGUCCGCCCGGCCAGGGCGUCAAGUAGGCGGGGCCCCUGGUUCCAAACACUAGGAUCUGCUAGCGGGCGGCAGGCCGGGGACGAGAGGGCAGAAGGAGGUUGGCCUAUUUCUGAUCAGGGAGGACCGAGAAGCGUUUCGCAGGCGGAGGACUCCCCGCUACCUCAGGUGACCACCGGGCCUGCUGGAACCGGGCCUCGGCGGGACUUGCAGACCGGAGCCUCGAGUUCGUCCGCGGGGAGGAGGCUGGAUCCGAGCGUGCGGCUGUUCCUUAUUUUUGUUCCGGUGGUCCUGGGCUGAGCGCUGCUCACUUCCGUCCCGGAGAAGAGCUCCGACAGUUGGCGAUCUGUACAAUUUGAGACCCAUCAGCGCUGUGCACAGUACAGGAUACUAGAAGCCCGUGAUUAAAAUGGCUUCCAGAGGAAAGACAGAGACAAGCAAACUAAAGCAGAAUUUAGAAGAACAGUUGGAUAGACUGAUGCAGCAGUUACAAGAUCUGGAGGAAUGCAGGGAGGAGCUUGAUGCUGACGAAUAUGAAGAAACUAAAAAGGAAACUUUGGAGCAGCUGAGUGAGUUCAACGAUUCGCUGAAGAAGAUUAUGUCAGGAAACAUGACGUUGGUAGAUGAACUCAGUGGGAUGCAACUGGCCAUUCAGGCAGCUAUCAGUCAGGCCUUUAAAACUCCUGAAGUCAUCAGAUUGUUUGCGAAGAAACAACCAGGUCAACUGCGGACAAGGCUGGCUGAGAUGGACAGAGAUCUGAUGGUGGGGAAGCUGGAAAGAGACCUGUAUACCCAGCAGAAGGUGGAGAUACUGACGGCCCUCAGAAAACUCGGAGAGAAGCUGACAGAUGAUGAUGAAGCCUUCCUGUCAGCAAAUGCAGGCGCUGUGCUCAGCCAGUUUGAAAAAGUCUCCACAGAGCUUGGCUCUGGAGACAAGGUCCUUGCUCUGGCAGGGUUUGAGGUUGAAAAAGCCAAGAAAUGACAAGGGUGGGUUUGGCUCUCCCAGCCCCAUCCGUCCUGACACGGUGCUUUCAUCCUGAGGACUCAGGCAAUGCAAAGAAGUAGAGACUCUCAAAAUGCAGCAACAGCCCAGGAACAGGUGACUUGGAAACACAGCGUGGCUUCUGCUUAGGGUCUUCAUCCUUCUCUCUGUGGAUAUCCCUUCUUACAUGACCCUGGGUUGUUGGGACAGAGGGAGGGACGGUGUUCACUGUGGUUUGUUUGGUUAAGAUGUCUUGUUCUCAGUGCUGAUGGAGUGAGUGAGUGCUAUGAGCUAGUGACUGUCCUGACUUGUCUGCUUGCCUGGGAUGAACAGCACAGUGAUGUCUGUCACUGGCCCUACUGUGUCUGGAGAAUCUUAGAAACCUUUUCGUCUUUACACAAGAAAACCAAGACUUAGAGCGCGUGAUCUGUCUAAAGUCACAUUAGAGGCAGAGCCGAGGCUGGGGCUCAGGUGUCCUGAAUCCAAGUUUUAUUUCUUUAUUCUGUACUGUUUUUUUUUUCUUUUUAAUAAUAAUUAACUUGUAUUUGUGCAAGUUACCAUCUAUGAAACUUCAGUGUCCUAACUCAGUUGAUGGGCACUGAGGGGCUGUUCCCAGCCUGUUUGUGGGCAGCAUGAAUGGGUCCCAUUGUAUCUCUGGGUUCCUAAGAAGCAACAAUGGGAGCCCUGUUGAGAGCCUCCUGAAGUAACUUAACCCCCUGCCUUGUCUCAGUGGGGAAGCAAUAGGAAGUGGCAGCCCUCUGUGUGUGACCUCUUGCCAACUCUGAGGGUGGUAACAACAAGCUACUAUCAACUGUGCAGCUUGGGGAGAAACACAAAGGAAGUUAUGAGGAGAGCAAGUGUCUCCCUGGAACCAUGGCUCCGAAUUGGCAGCCUCACGGCCUGGUCCCCACACUUUCCUCCCAGGCCGCGCCUGAAUUAUAUUCCUCUCUGUGUUUCUCAUUAUUAUUCUUUUUUUUUUUUUCCACUUUAUACAAGUUAAAAACAUUUUUACUGCUUCUUAUAAACUAAAGUUCUGCUAGGUGCUUUGCCAACAAAUUAGGGGACCUCAGCUAUGUAAAUGCCUUAUUUGAAACUCGUAAAGUCUUUUGGACUUUUGGAGAGAGGUGGGUCUCUGAGCCAGCAAGAUGGCCCAGUGAGUAAAGGUGCUUGCUGCCAAGCCUGAUGCCCUGAGUUUAAUUCCCAGAUCAUCUGAUGAAGGAAGAAAAUUGGCUUUUACAAGUUGUCUUCUGACCUCCACAUAUGUCCCAUGGCCCAUGUGUGUAUACAUGUACACAUGCAUUUGUAUUCUUACACACUAAAUAAAAGAAACAGUGAGGAGUCCCCCUGUGCUGGAGUCAUGGGCUCAGGCGCUUUUCUAGUCACCUCCUCCUCCCAAGAAGCCGGUACUCAGAUGAGCGCUGCUGUGCCUUACCAGUGGGCUGUCUCUAUUCGCUGUUCAAGUGUAGCACACCAAGAAAGGCUGAUCAUCCACUGUAACCAGUGGUGCUGUAUGUGUGCCACCACCGACCCAUAGAGAUAAGUCAUAUCAACACAGAAGUCACAGUUCCACACCGUGGCCUCAGUAAUGCUGUGCAGCUACCAACCAAGCACCAAGUCCUGCCCAUCACCCUGAAGGAGAACCUGGAUCUGUUAAGCAGUCACUCCAAGAUGCCUUCCUCCCAGCCUCCAGCAUCCUCUGAGCUGCUCUGUUGUGUCUUCGGACUUACCUUUCUGGAGAGUUCAUAUGAACUUCGCAUGUGAUUAUACACGGGGUGACUUGUUAUGGAUCUGGCUUCUUCAUGCAGUAUUUUUAGGGCUAAUUCACAUUGUAACAUACUUUGAAACUUCCUUCAUUUUUGUGCAAGCCUGAGUAAUCCCUCACUGUGUGAAUACUUCAUUUUGUUUAGCCAUGUGUUUGAUGAGUGUCUGUGUUGUUUUCAGCUUUUGUCAACAGUGCCAUUAAGACCAUUUCUGCACAGGUACAUGUUGAAUUCCUA